GCCAAUAGGCAUUGUUAUUGAACAGAACACGUCUUCCAUUAUUAUAUGGUUAUAUUUCAUUAACAUUAAGUAUUUCUUUAAAUUCAAUAAAAAGAUGUCCUCCCCUAGUCCGUGUCAUAAUGAAGAUGAACACUGUUGUUGUUGUUUUGAAGUCAUCACUCAACCACCGCCCAAGUCUCUACUAGAACGACUGAAAGAGGGUUACCUGUUUAGUAUCGUUGCCAAUCUUCUGUUAGUUCUUCUGGUCGUCUUGGUUUGUGUAUCUCUAUAUGAGACACACACUCAUCGUCUGCUGUUUCAUGGCUGGAACCACUUGAACCUGUUUGGCGAUCCUUUCCAGGUGGACGAUGUGCUGGAAGCGCCCACGCCGAAAAAAACAGUUAGGCCACCGUUCCAUGAUGAGUACGACUAAACAUCACGUCAUUGGCUCAUGUGAAGUCAACAAUCUUUUUCUAGGUCAAUGUUCAAAACAUCACACAGUCACAGUCAUGGUGGAUUAAAAUCUAAAAGAAUUAGUUUUAUCUUGCAAGAAACGUAACCCGGAUAUCUCUACAAUUACGUUAUUAUGAGCCUUGGAUAAUCCACUUCGUAUAACCAUUGCUUCAACCUGAUGCUCUAAUGUUACUUUUACCAUCAAAUAAUAAACAAUUAAUAAAACAAAAAAAAAAUUUCA